GCAUUUAUUCUUUGGGUAAGGAGACUCUGUUGGUUGAGCUGGCGAUGGAGUUUAAGACCUGGAUUGAAGUGAAUUUCGAGAGAAUGGAGACCCUCAGAGCUCUGGAGCUUCCUGACGUCUUCACCACUGAGCCCGGGGCCGGCCGCAUCCGAGUCGUGAACCAGUCCAAGAUCUGCUCAGCAGUGUUGCAUGAGUGGAACAAAGAACAACCCACACUGGCCAUCUUGCCCACCAGCAGACCUCUCAUUUCCUUCCAUCCCAAUGUCUACGUGGUGCCAUAUUCAGACCACUCCUCCUACCAGGAGCUGGAGGAUUUUGUCUCGGCACUCAAACCUUCGUCUCUUGUACCCAUCGUUGGAGGCUUUCUACCUGGAGGCCUGUCUGCCUUACUGCCGCACAAGAAACGCCAAGACGUCCAUGUACCUGAGUCAGUCCGACUGUACAUGUUGAGACAGCCCGAACAGCAGUUCAGCUCCUCGGCGUACAAUGGCCUCUGUCGCAGAAAUCUCAGACCUCUUGCUCCCAAAGGAGUGAUAUUUGACACUCCUGUGAAAAAACCUAGGAAGUUGCAUGAGAAAGCCUGUGAGGAAGAAAGCAUGGAGCAGGAUGGAUCUGAGGAAGAUAUUGACACAGACAGCAGCGAAAGAGACUCUGACUUUAUUCUUGUUGAUCCGAGCAUAAAACUCACCCCUAACAAAAACAGAGAAGGGGACGACGAGGAAACGGUUUCUGAAGAACUGGUGAUGAUAGAAUCGGUGCAGCUUGGUCAACUCGCUGAAAGCAACUUUGAGCCAGCGCUGACAAACUCCAAUACCUUCAGGACAAGGCAGCAGGUGGAAAUGAAGACAAGUGUAAAUGCACAUGUGCACAAAGGGCGCGGAGAUGUUCAGAUGAGCCAAACACUGGCGGAUCACGAUACCAUGAGUGAGCACAGCUGGGGGGAUCAGAGCAGCGCUUCAGAUUUAUUUAAAAACAGUCCUGAUAGAGCCUCCCUUGGUUCAAAUGAGAUAUCCCGUGAGAGUACAGAGAAGCAUGAAAACAUCCUUUUGAAGUGUCUCCCCUUCUCAGAGAAGGACUUUGUGUCUGGAGGCCUCCUUUCACAUGACUUUGUGCGUCAGUUCACCCUCUCGCCUGGGAAGGAUUCAGAGGAAGAGGACGUCUGAAUCAACGUUAACACUUUUGGAUUGUUUCGGUGGCUUUUGCGGUUCACUCGAGCACUGCUAUCAUUUUGGUUUCUUAUUUUUCAUUGUCAUCGAGGGUGUUUUCUGAUUUGAGCCGAAAGCGUAGCUACCGUAGAGCGGCAUUGGACCACCAGAUAAUAAAAGCCAACUCACACGAGCAGGUUUUUAUUACUUUUAUCAUUUACAGUCGAUGGGGAUUUAGCACCACUGUGGGGUAGGCUCCGCCGGCCCAGGGCAGAAACUAACUUACGAGGAUUUUGCGGGUCUUUAGUGGAUUUUAUCCUCCUUCAGAAUCUCAGACAAUUUCCUGUGUUUUAAUAAGGAAAUUAUCUGAAGAAGAGACUUGGCCACCUGACUGAAAAACAUUUACCCUUCACUUUUUGCUUUUGUUGCGGAAGACAGCCAAAAUAUUUUUUGUACGUGUGAUUUCAAACUGUUUUGUAUCUUUUGACGAGGAAAAUAAAGUACCUCAGAAAACAUUUAGACUAUGAACCCAUUUGCUGCUUUUGUAUCACAGCAGACAAAUUGUGACGUUGGUGAUCAAAGCUACUUCAUUUCUACGCAUAACUAGGUUUUAAUUUUACCCUAGAAAUGUAACUUAAUAUAAACAAAAUGUCUGUUUAAUGUUUUUAACCUUGUACUGUUUUACUGCCUGAGUGGAAGCAUUUUUUUAGUUCUGGAUGGAGGUUUCACAAUUUGUGAUCAUUUGUGAAGCAAAGAAAUUAAUGUUUGUUUGUUUGUUGUUCUGAUUAUUAUUUAUAAGGGGGGCUGAUUCCACACUUUUAAUUACUACUGAGUAUAUAAUAAUGGUUCCUUUGAUUAACAUGACUCUGAGUGUUUUUGAGAGUAUUAAGAGAGCAAAAUGGUGCUCACAAUAAAUGUGUUCAGUUGUAUGCAUGGGUUAAAUCAGUGUUAAUGUUUCUGAGAAGUCUUCAUGCUUUUGAAAUGUUUUUUUUGUAUAAACUGUAAACACAUACUCAGAAGGUAGAAAUGCAAAGGAGUGUAAACAUUCUUUCACAAGGUGAAAUAAUUAUAUUCAAAUGAUGACAGAUGAUGAAUAUUGAUGAUGAUGAUGAGUCCCUGUGGUUACAUUCUUUUUUUUUCUUGUAGAAAUUUGCACAAAUACUAACAUCACUGAGUAAAUACUAAGUUUCUUUUCAACUUGCCUCUUGUUUUUAUGUAUUUUUUUUUAGAUUCUUUAUAUCAAUAAAAUAUUGCUUUAACCUGG